GUUACAUCCCUAAGUAGGCAGAGGCAGUGUUUCGGUUUUUACUACUACUCAAUAUACCUAUUAAUUUCAUAAAACAGUUUUUGUGUCGGGUAGACAUUCAAUGAUAAGUUAAGACAGAAAUUGAUUUACCACAUUUGAUACCUUAACUAGACUCUAAGUUGGGAUUUUUUCUUCUAGUUUUCAGAAGGUCAAAAGUUUGUUACAUCCUAUCCUACGUUACAGUGAAAUAAUUUUAAUAAGUUUAAAGAAUUCCCUUGGAAAAUGGAUGAGUCCGAAACGAAGAUUUGUCCAAAUUGUAAACGUGAGAUCCCUGCUGUGAACUUCACCAUCCACAGUGUACAUUGCGCACGAAACAUUCGAGUAUGUCCAGUGUGCAAGGAGCCUGUACCUGUGGCAGACUUAGCAGAACACCAUGAGACAAUGCAUAAACUAUUACCUUGUAAGAAAUGUGGGGAGCGGGUGUGCGGCACGGACUUGGAGGAUCAUAUACGUGACUCGUGUGCACACACUAUCCAGAUCUGCAAGUUUUGUGAGUUAGAAUUACCCCGUCGCGAUCUGCCGUCCCACGAGAAUUACUGCGGUGUGCGUACCGAGCAGUGUCCCGAAUGUCGCGAGUGGGUCAUGAUCAAGUACCGGCAGCUACAUCUCGACUCCAACCACGGCUUCCUACGUCUCGACGACGAUCCAGCACCACCAAAGAAGGAUGCGGCAAAAUCUACACGUUCACCGAAACUCUCCAACAUUCCUACUGCUUCCACAUCAGCUAGAUACUUCUCCAGCCAUCAACCAACUUCUAGUUCUACCAAUAGUAGUUCUGCGUCAAACGGAAUAUUAGACGGACCUUCAACGAGCAACGGACUCAGCUCAAAUGCAUCUGUCCGUAACAAAAAUACUAAUACCCAUUCUGAGGAAAAGAGAAAAGAAGCAUUAGAUGAACAGGACGAAGCAAGACUCAUCUGGAGGCAGCGAGCUAUCUUAGAAGAAGCGAACAAGAUCGGUCAUAAACUUCCAAAGAGGACCAACGAUCAGCCUCAGAUAAACAUUAAUACUUCAGAUAGCUCAAUGAAUUCGCUGAAGAAAAUGUUCCACAAGAAGCGUCCGGCGCCGCCGCCCCCUCAAUUGACGCCGGAGCACCGCCGUGAUCAGCCCUACUACAGCGCCAUGAGAAGACAACAAGACGAAGAGAAAGACAGACGAGAACAGACCGCAUACAAUCUGGCACGCGGUCUACCUCCAGUGCUGAAUCCUUUAGAAAAAUUGGAGAAGCUUCGUAAAAUGGAUCGACUCCAACACGGUGAUGAACCCGGGCCAAGCAACAGCCGUAACAACAGAGGGGUCAAUAACGAAGCUAAUGAAAGAUGGAACAGGGAAGAAAUAAGGAACCUGAGGCCGAUGAGUCCAGAACAAUUUCAAAGGCGGCUCAACGCCCUUCGGCUCGGCUCAGACGCUAGUGGCAACGAGAGAGGGGCAAAUGGGGCUAGCUCGAGGGUUAAUAGGAACGAAAGAGGGUCUAAUGGGGCCGACUCGAGGGCUAGCAGGAACGCGAGAGGCGCUAAUGGGAACGAGAGAGCCAACGGGAGAGGUGAUCGACGCUCUCACGGAGACAGAUUCAGUGAAAUCAAGUCAUCGUUGCGUGAAUUGAGAAGAGGACUGAAUGAGGUCACUGCUCCAUAUAACAUGAACGCCGGUGAUAAGUAAGUGUUAAACCUAAAGUAAUUUUCAAUUAAAUUUUAAUGUGGUAAAUGUUACUAAAUAUCAGUUUAUAUUUCAUGAUAUGGAUAUCAAUAAAAGUGGAUGUUUGAAAGUAGCACUAGUAACAACUGAAAGGAAAGCCUGGUCUGGUACGGACAUAUGAGAUGGGAUGAUAUUAAUGAAUAAAGGCGUGAUAGUGUUGAAAACUGUAGUCUGUCAUCGCUCGUUUGACAUGUUCGCACAUAGUUUGACAGUUUUCAUGCCAGGUUUUGGAUUUAAGGUGACAUGGAUGGUAUGACUAGACUAAGAAGAUAACUUAAUUGACAUAUUUUAACAUUGGAUACUGUGAUUAUUCAAUGUAUUAUAUUAUUCUGACACAAUAUCAGAUUGCCUGACUUACUUUGUGGUUACUAUAGGUUUCUUUAUUUAUAUUUAAUGAAUUAAUGUUGUUUUUUUGUUUCUUCGUGUCUUGGAUUUUAGUAAGUAACCUGACAAGUUUUGUAUG